AUGGCUGAGGAGAAUAGUACUACAGCAACUGAGUUUCUCCUCCUGGGGUUCUCAGACCUCAGAGGCCUGCAGGGACCCCUGUACUGGAUGGUGCUGCUGGUCUACUUGAUCACCUUGCUGGGCAACUCCCUGAUCAUCCUCCUCACACAGGCCAGCCCUGGGCUGCAGACCCCUAUGUACUUCUUUCUGCGCCACCUCUCUACGGUGGAGCUUAUCUACACCACAGACAUUGUGCCCAGAACCCUAGUCGAUCUGGCCUCUCCUCAACCUCGGGCCAUAUCUGUCCAGAGCUGUGCGGCCCAGAUGUACUUUUUCAUUGUCCUGGGCAUCUCCGAGUGCUGCCUGCUCAUGGCCAUGGCCUACGACCGCUACGCAGCCAUAUGCCGGCCCCUGCACUACUCCACCCUCAUGAGCCAGCAGGCCUGUCAAGCCAUGGUGGGCACCUCCUGGCUCAUGGGCAUCAUGACAGCCACCACUCACUGCUCCCUCAUCUUCACUCUGCCUUUCCCUAGCCACCCAAUCAUCCCGCACUUCCUCUGCGACAUAUUGCCGGUCCUGAGGCUGGCGAGUGCAGGGAAGCGCAAGAGUGAAAUCUCUGUCAUGACAGCCACCGUGGUCUUCAUCAUGAUCCCCUUCUCUCUGAUAGUCACCUCCUACGCCCGCGUCCUGGGAGCCAUCCUGGCCAUGGCUUCGCCCCAGAGCCGCCGCAAGGUGUUCUCUACCUGCUCCUCGCACCUGCUCGUGGUCUCGCUCUUCUUCGGGUCAGCGAGCAUCACAUAUAUCCGGCCUCGGGCGGGCUCUUCCGCCACCACAGACCGCAUCCUCAGUCUCUUCUACACAGUCGUCACGCCCAUGCUCAACCCCAUCAUCUACACCCUGCGUAACAAGGAGGUGACAGAGGCGCUGCGACACCUGAUGAAGAGGCAGAUGUCCUCAGCCAGAGGGGAUUGA